AUGGUAAGAUUCAGCUGCCGGGUGCUCUUCUUUCUCGUGGCGGACACAUCUUCUCCUUCCGGCACAAACAAAGGCAAGUUUUUUGGUCUAUUGUCGUGGAAACUGCCAUCGUGCAAACUUCGAAUGAAAAUCUCUUUCUUCCGUUCCUCCCAAUCUCUGUAUACACCAAAACAUUCAUGCACGUAUGUCAGCAAGAUGGCGACACUAAUGCGCAGAUUCUUGGCGGACAGCCUAACAGCAGUGAAGAACGUCUUCAGCCGCACCAGCUCACCCAAUGCGGCAGCAAAUGCCAACUCCAAUGCCGAUAAGCAGAGCACGCGCAGGACGCGACAACCAGCAUCACCAGCACCACUUGCUGGCCCAAGAGUUAUCUCUGGGCGAGUCCCCAGCUCGACACCUUCAAAACGACGGCGACCAUGCCGCAACAUCGAAGACUACAAAUUCCGCCUUGAGAGACUCAUUACCGGCAUUGAUAGCCUCGAGAAUGUCGAGGAACUUCGCGAUGAGCGACAAUACCAAAUUGCCGAUAUCAUGAUGAUCUCCGAUAUCGACCCAACCGUCGACCAACGCAUCGACACUCUCAUUGAACAACAAGAUCGUGCAGAAGUCCUCAUCGACAAGCGACUGAAAAUCCUACAGACAGACGCAGAUGCUCUGGUACAGUCACUAGAACCAGACACCCCGACAGACCGGCCUCCACUCCUACCAUUCUACCUCCGAAGCCAGCUCAAGACCUACGACCGUGCUAGGUCCAUCUACCAGACCCAAGUCACCCAAACUUCAAACUCACAACAUCACUUGGAUAAAAUCUCGGCGAUUUUGCUUCAAGCGAACGAGCAGCAAGCCCGACAUGGCUGGCUGUAUACCCGCAGUUACAUCGAGCGACUCCACGUGCGCAGAGCUGGAAUCUGCAAGCAACGGAGAGUCGCGGAAAGCUGUCGGCAGAGAUUUGCGCUCGAGCUGCGGAAGCUUUGCAAGAAGCAUGUACCAAAGACUUUACAGGAUGAAAAUUUCCCGGGGCUUUUUUCGAAUCGAAUGGCUGGGGAGAUGCGGAGGAGAGAUGGAAAGACACUGUCGUCUGAUGUAAUGGGGGUGCUUCUUGGUGACGUUUUUCUUUACGUAUCGCUCGUCGAUAUCACGACUUCGUCUGACAGUGUGGUAAGGGUAGCAACGCAGCAAGCACAGUGGUCCUUUCGGUACGGAGAGGGCGUGCGAGUGUCAUCCCGAUGGCGGAAGGGAAGGCAAAGCAUCACAAUUGAUGCAUACAGCUCACUGGCGAAAGCUCUAUGGAAGCUACUUGCGUCAGUUCGUCAUGAAAAGGUGCCCGGGCAAUACUGUGAACGGCCCUUUUUGGUGCAUGGUGUUGGUGAACAGAGCGAAUUGUCACUUGUAUCGAUCGAGCUCCUAUAA